AUGUCGCUUUCAGCAUCAGAGUUGAAUUACCUUAUUUGGAGGUAUCUUCAAGAGGCUGGAUUGGAAUUGAGCGCGUAUGCUCUUCAAGAUGAGACCAAAAUCAACGAGUACGACGAUAGAUACAGCGAUAGAAUUCCACUUGGGUGUUUGGUAGACCUGGUUCAAAAGGGAAUUUUAUACUGUAAAGUGAAUGAUAUGAUUCAAAAAGGUGGCGAUAUUGCCUCUGAAGAUAUCAUAAACAUGAAUUUCAACCUCCUGAACUCAAUAUCCCAGUCGUCUGAUGGAGUUGCAGAACGCAGAAUUGAGUCUACGCCCGUCGUGGCUAAUAAUAGUUCACAGCCAGCUUCCUCAGCAGGACAGAAUGGGAGGAUAGAGGAUGAUAACGAAUUCACUGUGGUGCUGAAGAAUAGCUUUGUUUUUCCAGCUAGUCUGGCAAGCAACUGGAACCCCCAAGAGCCAGACGUAUUGGCUUGGGGACAGCGAGAUUCUACGUCCAGCAUAUGCACACUCACCUGGGAUGAGUCCAGCAAAGUUCUAAUCCCCCAAUCGCAACUGCUUCCGCAUCCCACAUCCUGCAAAGAGAUCGUUUUUAUAUCUUGGAGUCCCAAAGGAAAUACGCUGAUGACUGCGUCCGAAAAUGGAGAGCUACGUCUGUGGGACUCUAGUGGUUCAAUAAGAUUCAUUAUGGCGCUACAUUGCUCUCCAGUGUUGGCUAUACGAUGGUCGCCUAAUUCCGCAUACCUACUAAGCCUCGAUAUCACCAACAAAGCAGUGGUUUGGGACUCUCAAACUGGACAAUCAAUUCAGCAUAUCGAUAACCAGUCAGCAGACAGUACCGACAAAUGUUUGGGGACUGAUUCAUGUUGGAUAGACGAUACUAAGUUCGUUUUACCAGGCUCGGAUUAUUCGUUAUAUGUUUACCAAUUGGGAGACAUCCAGCCUAUCGGUGUCCUUGCUGGACAUUCUGACACUGUCUCUCUCAUAAUGUACAAUAGCGAGCUUCGCCUUUUAUGCUCCGCAUCCGACGACCAAACGGUAAGAAUAUGGAAAGGGAAUUCAAUAAACUCUUUACAAGUCUUGACAGGCCAUUCGCAGCCACUCACUUAUGUCAACUGGUGCAAACUGGGAGAUGGAAACUGGUGUGUUAUCACCUGUUCACUGGACGGUUCUCUCAAAAUUUGGGACUUUUUUAAAAACAGGGUACUGGAUUCUAGGCUAGUUGACAACGGCUCCCCGAUAUUAGUGGCCUCUUUGUCCCCUGAUAACACAAAGCUGGCUACUGGAGACUCCGAUGGUAAUAUAAUGCUUUGGGCUAUUACUGCCGCAAAAAAGCUAAAACAAUUAAGCUAUUAUCAGCCUGGUGAGGUUGACAACUCCAAUUUCGUAUCUUCCAUCGAUUGGAACGCCACUAGCACCCAAAUAUCCGUCGGAUAUAGUGGAAGUUCAAGUUGUGUUAUUAAGAUUGUAUAA